UUUUAUUUAAAAAUUAAAAUAUUAAUAAAAAUUAUUUUAAUUUUAUUAAUAAAUAUAUUAAGAGUUGGGUUUUAUACUUUAUUAGAACAAAAAGUUCUAGGUUAUAUAAAUAAUCGUUUAGGGCCUAAUAAAAUUAUAAUUUUAGGAGUAAUUCAAUUUAUGAUAGAUUUAAUUAAAUUAAUAUUUAAAGAUAAUAUUUAUUUAUUAAUAAUAAAUUAUUUAAGAUUUUAUAUUUUUAUUUUAAUAUUUUUUUCUUUAAGUAUAUUUAUAUCAUUAAAUUCUAUUUACAUUAUUUUAAGAGUUAUUCGUUUAAUUAUUCAAAAUUUAUCAUUUGAAAUUUUAUUUAUAUUAAUUUUAUUUAGGUUAAUUAUUUUAAUAAAAAAUUUUAAUUUAAUAUUUUUAAAUGAAUUAAAUAUAAUUAGUAUAAUUUUUUUUUAGAAUAUUAAAUUUUUAAUAUGAUUAAUUUCUAUUUUAGUUGAAUUAAAUCGUAUUCCAUUUGAUUUUUUAGAGAGAGAAUCAGAAUUAAUUUCUGGUAUGAAUUUAGAAUUUAGUUCUUUAAAUUUUAUAAUUUUUUUUAAUUGA